UGGCAUGCCGGUGCUUGUUCUGAAAGAUCAGAAGGAUAUUGCUCUGGAAAUAACAGUGACAAACAAUCCCUCUGAUCCAAGAAACCCACAAAAAGAUGGUGAAGAUGCAUAUGAAGCGAAACUAAUUGCAACUUUUCCAGACAGUCUGACAUAUUCUGCAUUCAGGGAGAUGAGGGGUUAUCCUGAAAAACAGCUAACGUGUGGUGCUAAUCAGAACGGUUCUCAAGCAGAGUGUGAACUGGGAAAUCCUUUCAAAAGAAAUUCCAACGUAACCUUUUAUUUGAUCUUGAGUACCACUAAAGUUAACGUGGAUACAACAGACUUGGACAUUAAUCUGAAACUGGAAACAACAAGCACUCAAGUUAAUGCGACUCCAAUUACAGCUAGUGCUAAAGUGGUUCUUGAAUUGCUUUUAUCACUCGCUGGAGUUGCUAAGCCUUCUCAAGUGUAUUUUGGAGGCAGCGUUGUUGGUGAGAGCGCUAUGAAAUCUGAAGAUCAUAUUGGAAACCUCAUAGAGUACGAAUUCAGAGUAACUAACUUGGGCAGACCACUGAAAACAUUUGGUACCGCUUCCUUGGACAUCCAGUGGCCGAAAGAAAUCAGUAAUGGCAAAUGGCUGCUUUAUUUGAUGAAAAUAGAUUCCAAAGGCUUGGAAAAAGUGUCCUGUCAACCCGAGAAUGAAAUCAAUAGUCUGCAUCUUGCGGAAUCCCAUAACUCCAGAAGGAAACGUGAGGUUGCAGAGAAGCAGACUACAGACAGCAAGGCAUUUUCUUUAUUCUCAGAAAGAAAAUACAAGACCUUGGACUGCAAUGUGAACGCACGCUGUGUGGACAUCAAAUGUCCCCUGAAGGGUUUGGACAGCAAGGCAUCUCUGGUGCUGCGUUCCAGACUCUGGAACAGUACUUUCUUAGAAGAAUACUCCAAAAUGAACUACCUGGACAUUCUCGUUCGGGCUUCAAUCAGUGUUCCUGCUGCGGCUAAGAACGUUAAACUCACAAAUGAAGCUGCUCAGGUGCGUGUUACUGUCUUCCCAGCAAAGCCAGUAGCACUUUAUACAGGAGUACCCUGGUGGAUCAUUGCAGUGGCUAUUUUUGCUGGAAUACUGAUGCUUGCACUGCUGGUAUUCUUAUUGUGGAAGUGUGGUUUCUUCAAGAGAAAUAAGAAAGAUCAUUACGAUGCCACAUAUCACAAGGCUGAGAUCCAUGCUCAGCCAUCUGAUAAAGAGAGGCUUACUUCUGAUGCAUAGUACUGAUCUACUUCUGUAAUUGUGCGGGUUCUUCCAGCGUUCUAGGUACGAAGACAGUGUCCCCCGGUAUCAUGCUGUAAGAAUUCGAAAAGAAGAGCGACAGAUCAAAGAUGGGAAAUGCAAAGACCUUGAGACAAAACAGUGGUUCACAAAGUGGAAUGAAAAUGAAAGUUACUCUUAGGGGAAAGAAAUGCCCACGCACGACGUUCAGCUAGGGGUUAAGGUUUUCAUUAAUGGAAUAUUGAUAAAGUUAGACCUAUGAACACUACGGACUUUCACCAUUUGAUUGUAAAUAUUGCUACUUACACUGAGGCUUUUGUUUGCACAGUUUAAAUUGCUUCACUAGACUUGAUUUGCAUUAUUUAAUUUCCAGAGUGCCUCUUACCCC